GUUUGAUUUUGGGUUUCAUGCAUGAGAAGACAUCGAAAGGGAAUGACGAUGGAGAAAGCGAUUACGACGAAGUAUAGAACCCAAUUCUGGUAUCUCGCUUUAGCAUCUUUUCUCUUGUGGAUCUUCUUGCUUUGUCUGUAUAAUUCUUCUUUGUUAGUUAACAAUAGCGAAGGAGACGAUUUCACGACCGCCAUUGAUGUAUCUGGGUCAAGGUUUGUGAAGGAAACUGUCAAUGAAAAUGACCUUGGUGGGAAAGAAAGAGGGGAAAAGAAGAAAACAGAGGAUGAUAAGGGUGCAAUAAUAGAAGAAACAACAGGGGAUAAAACAGAGGAUGAUAAGAUUAUACAUGAAAUUGUUGAAGAGCUUGAUAGAGAAGCAAGGAAAGAAGAGGAUGUUAAAAAUGGUGGGCUUGAAAAUGGUAAUCAAAUAAUUGUUUCAGAGAAUGAAAGGGCAGCGAAGAAUAAAACUCGAGUUUCAGCCAGGAGGAAAGAUGGAGGAUUUGUAAAUACUGAAGCUAAAAAAGAAGUUACAGCGAGAAGAAGCAGAAAAGUUCCAAGGAAACGAGAAUCUGAGGGGACAAGUGUUUGGAAAAAACCCAUUAAAGAGAAAACAGAGAAAAGGGUAUUUGAUUCUGAAUCUUCCGAUCCAUGUGCAGGAAAAUAUAUUUAUGUUCAUGAAAUUCCAAGCAUGUUCAAUGAAGAGCUUCUCAAGAAUUGUUGGUCACUUAGUUGGUGGACUAAUAUGUGUGAAUUAACAUCUAAUCUCGGGUUAGGUCCUCAUAUUCCGGAUUUAGAAAGAGUUCCUGGUUGGUUUUCGACGAAUCAAUUCACUCUCGAAGUCAUCUUCCAUAACAGAAUGAAGCAAUAUAAGUGCUUAACAAAAGAUUCCUCCAUGGCAUCCGCCAUAUUCAUACCUUACUACGCAGGCCUUGAUGUAGCCAGGUUUCUCUGGGGACCUUUCCCUUACAUGAGAGAUGCCGCUGCUCUUGAUCUCAUGAAGUGGGUUAGGGAGAAACCAGAGUGGAAAACAAUGUGGGGGAGAGACCAUUUUAUGAUUGCAGGAAGGACUACCUGGGAUUUCAUGAGGACUCCGGAGAACGAAUCAGAUUGGGGAAACCGGCUUAUGAUCUUACCAGAACCAAGAAACAUGACAAUGCUUUUGAUUGAGUCUAGUCCAUGGAAUUAUCAUGGCUUUGGGAUACCUUACCCUACAUAUUUUCACCCAUCAAAGGAUAAUGAUGUCUUCCAAUGGCAAGCCCGAAUGAGAAGACAGAAAAGGCGGUAUCUUUUCUCGUUUGUUGGAGCUCCGAGGCCUAACUUAAGUGACUCUAUCCGCCAAGAAAUCAUUGAUCAAUGUCGUGCCUCUCGUAGGAAAUGCAGGCUGCUUGAAUGUGUUUCAGGAUCACAAAAGUGUUAUAAAGCAGACCAGAUUAUGAAAUUCUUUCAAGCCUCAACAUUUUGCCUACAGCCUCCUGGAGAUUCCUACACAAGAAGAUCAACUUUUGAUUCUAUCCUGGCAGGCUGCAUUCCGGUUUUCUUCCAUCCGGGUUCAGCCUACGCGCAAUACAUAUGGCAUCUACCAAAGGAUUACUCCAAGUAUUCUGUUUUUAUACCAGCAAAUAUAGUGAAGGAAGGGAAAGCAAGCAUUGAGAAAGUCCUGCACCAGAUUCCGAAAGGGAAAAUUGUAGCAAUGAGAGAAGAAGUCAUAAGGCUGAUCCCGAAGGUGAUAUAUGCUGAUCCAAGAUCAAGAAUGGAGACAAUUGAAGAUGCAUUUGAUAUAACAAUGAAGGGUGUUCUUGAUAGAGUUGAGAAGCUUAGGAGUAAGAUGAAUAACGGGGAGGAUCCUAAUGAUUUUCCAGAAGAAUUUUCUUGGAAGUAUAACUUAUUUGGAAAUGUGGAAAAACAUGAAUGGGAUUCUUUCUUUGCAAGAACAUAA